AACAAUCCAUCCCUGAUAUUAUCCCCCCUAUUAACCACUAAAUGACAACCAAGUUUAAAAUAAUUGUAAAAAAAAAACCACUUUCAUUGUUAUCAAAUAUGUGAUUAUAUGAAUCAGAAUGUAAAGAAAGUUUAAAAUUUAAAUCUAAAAGAAAUUAAAAAUACAAGUGCAAUCGUUUGAAAUAGAAAAGCGAACAUAGUUUAAUGGUCUAGAAAAAAAAAACACAAAUUCAAGAUGACAUUAAUGGACUUUUUUGGAAAUGCAUUUCUUGCAUUUGGACCACCUUUAGCAAUGUUUACAUUUACAAUUGCAAUAGAACCCAUUAGAAUUAUUAUAUUAAUAGCUAGUUCAUUUUUUUGGUUAUCCUCAUUACUAGUGUCGUCGAUAGUUUGGUUUGCAAUUGUUCCAUUGAGGCCUUAUUUGUCCAUUGGCAUUGUAUACUCGGUCAUUUUUCAAGAAAUAUUCAGGUAUCUUCUUUACAAAUUGCUUCGUAAAGCAGAAAAAGGUUUGGAGAAAGUGACAACGGCUCAUGUUGCCGAUAGUAGACAUGUUUUUGCUUAUGUUUGUGGACUUGGAUUUGGUUUAAUGAGCGGUGCAUUUGCUCUAGUUAAUGUUUUAGCAGAUGCCGCUGGACCAGCAACAAUGGGACUUCGUCGUGGUAAUGAAUUCUUUUUCAUUGUAUCAUCAUCAACGACAUUGUCAUUUAUAUUAUUGCACACAUUUUGGGGCGUUAUUUUCUUCUCAGCUCUCGAUAACAAAAAUUGGGGACAAAUUGCAUGGGUAAUUUGUUCACAUUUAUUUGUUUCUGGAAUGACACUUCUCAAUGGAAUAGGAUAUCAGGCAAUUAGCAUUUCAUCAGCGUAUAUUGUUCUUUUAAUUACAAUGAUAAUUGCCUUUACAGUUGCCGGUGGUAAAAGACAAAAUUUAAUCAAUUGUUUCAUUAAAAAGUGAAAAAAAUAAUAAUAAAAAGAAAAAAAAUUAUCAAAAAAAAAAAAAAAAAAAAAAACCGAGCACGAAUUAGUUUUCUGCUCUUUUCCAAUACGAGAUUCCAAUCCGAACCAUUUUGACAUUUUAGAUAUUUUAAAAAAAUAAUGCCGCCUCUAAAUAUUAAGUUUAUAUUCAUUUUCUUUAUUUUUUAAUCUUUGUAAUUCUGUUUUUAAAAACGGAAAAUUUUAGUUUUAAGCUAUUAAGAGCUUUAUGUAAUUUUAUUAUACUCGAUAAAUUAGAAUAUUCAGGUGGUAUUUCGUCUUCAAAAACAAAAGAAUAUAUAUAUAUACAAAAAAAAAACAAAUCUAUGACAAAAAUACUUAAUUAGAUAGUAAUUUAGUAUCUAAAAAUAAAUGAAAGAGACUUUUUUAUACAAGAGGAUGUAGAAUCUUGGUUUAAGGAAAAUGUUUAGAAGAACGUGAACGCAAAAUAUGUGUGAUCUUGUCAUAUCUAUUACAUAUUCACAAUUAUUUUUUAUUUCAAUAGUCGCAUUAAAAAAAUUUGUGUAAUUUUUUUUUUUUUUCAACUAUAUACUAUUUAUAUAUAAUAUAUCUAUAUUGAAUUAUAAAGAAAAUAAUAAUUUAUUUUAGAUCUUUAAAUUUUCGACAAUUGACCAUUUUUUUUUUUUCAUAUGUAUUGUGAAAUUCUUUUUUUUUUUUCUUUUGAAUAGCUUUGAGAUUUUAGCUCAAUAAUUUUAAUUUUAGAUUUAUAUAUAAAAAAAUAUUGUAAGAAUCAAAAGUCGUUGACUACAUCAUAAAAAAAAAAUGUACAGCAAAAAAUGUGUACUAUGUAAUUUAAGAAUAAAAAAAUUUUUUAAGGUA